UCCAUACCUGACAAUCUGGAGGCCAGGUCAGUACAUUCGCUCGUCGGAAACAAACUUGAAGUAACCACCGUGUUGAUCAAAAAGAAUAUGACACUGAACUUCCAACACACUUUUUAAACAGUGAGGAUGAAUCUGAAGAUGACGUUGAUCAAGGCUUUGGAGCAAAGGGUUUGAUGCGUAUCCGAGACGAAGCUGCCAGCGAUGUACAACCUCAACACAGAAAAAGUCAAGAUAUAGCACAGUUCUCAAGGGAGUCCCUUCAUUCAUUUAGUUUCUCGACUGCUGAGCCAGCAAUGAAUGAAACUCGCAAGAGCAUCAUUCAGAGGAGUAUCGGCUAUAUGAUGUCCAAAUUUGGUUGGUCCACAACUGAUGACGCCGUAUUUGAUAAGUUCAAGGCAUCUGUCAUGGAGAAGUACGGGUACCCGGUCCGACGAGGAAGCACUGCGUUCUUUAGUCAGGAUGAUCUUGAUGUCCAUUUCCAGUCUCCCAAUGCCGACUCAAAACAAAGACCGGGAAUCCUGCAACGUGCUUAUACGGAAUAUCCCAGUUUAGAUAAACUCCAUAUCAGUUCGACAGCCGAGGCCGCCGGUCCUCCUAAAUUAUUGACUUCCAAUUCGACAUCUCAUCUACCAGGACUAUCAAUGGCAGCACCACAGCAACAUGGAAAUAUUCAUUCUCCAACGAGAUUUUUGCCGCAGAACCAAGCCAUUAUAACAACAUCAGCUGAUAACUAUUGGCGGAUUAUCCUGGCGAAUGACAUCUCUUCGUUAAUAUUUGGAUACGACCGUAGCCAAUUGCAAUCGAUGAGCGCUCUAGACCUUAUUGGAAAAGAAUUUGCGCAAAGGCAGGAACAGCUGCUUUCACAACGUCGUCUUGAGUUAGCGAAGGACAAAUGUCAUAGUACAGAGCAACGAGACGAUAAAGGCAUUGUUUUAGUUUGUGGUAAAGUUAUACCUAUCAUUAAAAAAAAUGGAUUUAGAUCUGCGUGCUCCUUAUGGCUCAAGGAAAAGAGGGACGAUACUGGGAAUCCCAUCUAUAUAUGGAUCUUUGAAGAGAUCGCCGAGAGUCUUGUUUCAGUUUUUGUGAAUGAUGCCGGCAUCAUACAAGAUGUAGUAGGGUCUGUUCAUGAACUUUACGGCUAUCGCCGUCAUGAUGUUGUUGGCAAAAACGUUCGCAAAUUGGUUCCUGUUUGGCAAAAAAUGGAGUCUCACGAUAGUGGAUACGCAGAAAACGUUAGCGAACUCAGUGAAAAACUCUUGAACUUUGAUCAAAUCAACAAUAUCAAGUUUUUUGGAAGCAUAAGCAAGUAUGGUGUGUGCUUCCCGAUCAUCACGAAGGCACGACAAAUUCCAGAGUCCUACAAAGAUAAAGUACCGAACGCCACAAACAUUAUCAAAAUCAUUUCUUUACCGACGAUUGCCGGCUUGGUCACAAUACAUGCUGAUGGUUUGAUACAAAGCUGCAAUCAAGUCUUCGCAAAGUAUCUCUUUGGCUACACUACUGAGCAACUUGUGGAAAGACGAAGAAUCGACGACUUACUACCACAAUUUCCUGCUUUGAUAGCACAUUUGGGCACUGACGACCGUUUCAAGCUUGGCAAUAUCAUAAGCUACACGUCCUGCCGUCGGAUCUUGCAAGACGUUCAAACGACUGAGGACGUCCCCAUCUUUUCAUAUCGAUCGCCAGUCAGCUCACCAAAACCUGGAUCCGGCAAGCCUGGUAGUCGACGACCAAGUACUGUAUCUCGGAGAGCAUCAAUUGGAUCUAUGGGCCAACCAUUACCACCUAUAGUUGCGGUCCAUCGAGAUGGCGCUUUUUUCGAGGUACAUUUACAAAUGCGACUAGUAGAUAGCUCGGAUGAAAAUCUUAUUGCGCUUUGGAUUACAUUUGAUCGCGCAAAAGUAUUUUCAAAACACGGACACACUGCCGGAGUAGAACACGACAAGACGACAUCUGGAGAUCUUUCUCCUCUUCUUGAAGGCCAGCUUUUGGAUUUGCCAGAGACACCGGAUGAUAAGCCGAAGAUUCCAAUGGCUGCACCAAAACCUAUGCACAUAACGAAACAGCCAAAAGGUAUCGAUCCUACCAACAUUAUAGCCAUGACGCCCCCUAUUUCAGAGACCCCACCGCCGAGCAUGUGCAAGUAUUCAGCACUAGAUGCCACCAGCAAACAGUGUAUCGACGAUUUCGUGAUUAUGCAUUCACUGGGGCAGGGUGCCUAUGGCCACGUUAAUCUAGCAUAUAACAAAGCCACUCCAAAUAAGAAAGUGGUUCUCAAAUAUGUGAUCAAGGACAAAAUAUUGUCAGAUUGUUGGAUGAACGAUAAGCAGCUGGGACUGAUACCAAUAGAAAUUCAUGUCUUGCAUACACUUCGACGAAUACCACACGAAAACAUUUGUAACAUGACUGAUUUUUUCGAAGACACAAGUAACUAUUACAUAGAAAUGGGUCUCCAUGGUGAAGGAAUGGAUUUGUUCGAUUAUAUAGAACUCAAUGAGAACAUGACAAGAAAAGAAAUUCAACAUAUCUUCCGACAAAUUGUGGAUGCAGUUGCACACCUACAUCGACACAGUAUUGUACACAGAGAUAUCAAGGACGAGAACGUCAUUGUAGAUAGUAACGGCCAUGUUCAAUUGAUUGACUUUGGAAGUGCGGCAUAUCUCAAACCAGAACAGAAAUUUGACACGUUUGCUGGCACUUUGGAUUAUUGUGCACCAGAAGUACUUCGGGGCAACACUUACACUGGCCCACCUCAAGAUAUAUGGAGCCUUGGAAUUUUGCUCUACACUCUCAUCUACAAGGAAAACCCAUUCUACAAUAUCGAUGAGAUAAUGUCAAGAGACCUACGUAUACCUUAUACUUUGGAUGAUGGUUCAAUCGAUUUAAUCAAGCAUAUGUUAGAUCGGGAUGUCGACUGUCGACUAACCAUCGAAGAAGUUGUACAGCACAGAUGGUUAACUGCCGAAGAAUAAAUAGCC